AGCUAUAAGAUAAAAAGAGAAGAUUAAGAGAAGAGUUUGUAGUCCCAUAUCAUUUCUUGUAAACCUCUCUCUCUCUCUCUCUCUCUCUCUCUCACACACACAAAGGAUUCAUGGAUUACUGGGUUCGUAGUAGUUUUUGUGUUAGUAGUAUAGCUGCUCUCCUCCUCCUCCUCCUCCUUCUUGUUUGUGAUUACCAAGUAGUAGUACGUGCAAGAGGUGAUGAGUCAUCAUCGUCGUGCGAUUUCUUCAAAGGUAGAUGGGUUCUGGACCAGUCCUACCCGCUCUACGAUCCUUCCUCAUGCCCCUUCAUUGAGCGCGAGUUUAGCUGCCAAAAGAAUGGCCGUCCCGAUCAGAUUCACACCAAAUACAGAUGGCAACCACUUGACUGUGAUUUAGCAAGAUUUGACGCACUUGACUUCUUCGAAAGAUUUAGAGGGAAGAAAAUCAUUUUCGUUGGAGAUUCAUUGAGCCGAAAUCAAUGGCAAUCCUUGACAUGCUUACUUUACUCUGUUGUACCAACUGCUACGUAUAAUGUGACAAGAGUAGAUACUGUAUCUAUCUUCGAAUUCACGGAUUAUGGAAUUAGAGUGAUGCUAGACAGUAAUAUGUAUCUAGUAGAUAUUGUAAAAGAAAAGAUUGGGAGGGUCUUGAAGCUUGAUUCAAUUGUGGGAGGCAACUUAUGGAAGGAUAUUGACAUGCUCAUCUUUAACACUUGGCAUUGGUGGAAUCGCAGAGGACCCUCUCAACCAUGGGAUUAUGUUGAAGUAGGAGGCCUGACCAGCAAAGACAUUGACCGCAUGCUUGCUUUUCAGAAGGCGCUCGAGACUUGGGCUGGAUGGGUGGAUUCAAACAUUGAUCCAGCAAAGUCUAGGGUUUUCUUCCAAGGAAUUUCUCCCUCUCAUUACAAUGGCAGUGAAUGGCAUGAACCAAGUGCAAAAAGUUGUGUCGGGCAGAAGGAACCUUCGCUUGGGCCCUAUCCAGGAGCUUCGCCACCAGCUUUGGGCGUGCUGAAGAAUGUGUUAAGCACUAUCCAAAAACCAGUAACAUUGCUAGAUAUAACAAACCUCUCGCUCCUGCGUAAAGAUGGGCAUCCUUCAAUUUAUGGGUUGGGAGGCCGCACGGGAAUGGACUGUACUCAUUGGUGUCUCUGUGGAGUCCCAGAUACUUGGAAUGAGAUUCUCUACAAUUUUUUUCUUUGAAUACCAUCAAAAGGAUGGAGAUUUGACAACUUCUUACAAAGAAAUAAUAUUAUUUUUAAGAAACAAUAUUCAGAAUUUUA